CGGCACACUCCGACAAAUAAAUGCGUCCCAUCAGAUUUAUGACUCCGUGUUUUUCUCCUCUUUUUCACCAAUCACAAGCCUCCAGACUCCUAUUUCUUUUCCAACCACGACAAACUGCUUCCUUCAAAUGUUCGUGGAACCAAAACCCAAAUUAUAAAAACAGGAAACAAAAAAUCAUAUCAGAAAAAUGAAAAAUUUCAUGGCCUUUCCCUCUAAGUUCAUUGCCUUUAUUUCCUUUCUUGUAUUUACAGUCACCCCAUUUUCUCAUUCGAUUCCCUUCAUUGUUCUUCAUGGGAUUGGAGAUCAGUGUUCCAAUCGUGGAGUCAAACAGUUCACUGAACUUCUCACCAACUUUUCUGGCUCUAAAGGAUAUUGCUUAGAAAUUGGAGAUGGGACAUGGGAUUCCUGGUUUAUGCCUCUGGAAAAACAGACAGCUGUGGUUUGUGAGAAGGUGAAGGAAAUGAAAGAACUGAGUAAGGGUUACAACAUAGUUGGGCUCUCCCAGGGUAACUUGAUAGGCCGAGGUGUUGUAGAGUUUUGUGAUGGUGCACCUCAGGUGAAGAAUUUUAUCUCUUUAGGAGGGCCUCAUGCUGGUACUGCUUCUGUUCCUCUUUGUGGUACUGGUAUUCUGUGCCUGAUUGCAGACAAGCUGAUCAAGUCAGAGAUAUACACCGACUAUAUCCAAGCUCAUUUGGCUCCAAGUGGUUAUCUAAAAUUACCAAAUGAUAUACUUCAUUAUUUGGGAAAAUGUAGAUUUCUUCCAAAGCUUAACAAUGAACUCCCUGAUGAAAGGAAUUCCACUUAUAAAGAGAGGUUCACUCGCUUGCAAAACUUAGUACUUAUCAUGUUUGAGCAUGAUACUGUUUUGAUACCAAAGCAAACCUCUUGGUUUGGAUAUUACCCGGAUGGUGCCUUCAAGCCCGUGAUUCGUCCUCAAGAGACAAAGCUUUACACCGAGGACUGGAUUGGUUUAAAAACCUUGGAUGAUGCUGGAAGAGUCCACUACAUUAAUGUCACAGGAGGUCACCUUGGAAUCUCCAGAAAAGACAUGAAAAAGCAUGUUGUACCUUACUUGAAGGAUCAAGCAUCAAUGGUGGAUAGCCUUCAAAGUAGUUAUGCCGAAGUGGAUGGAUCUCAUCACAGGGCCAAGCUAAGCGGAAAGAGAAAACAAGCAGUGCCUUUGUUGCAGGACAAAGCAUCAUCCAAACUCAUACUUGAUGGAUCAUCAUCCUACCACUGGCCUCCUUCAGUCCAAAGCUUAAUGAAGGAAUUACUUGGACUUGCAGAAGAUUAGCCUUAUAUUUAUUUUUUAUUUAGAG